AUGUCAAGUCCGUCUCUCCAGAGUGCUAACGUGUGUAUACAAUGUCGAAGAGUAAAGAUGAAGUGCCGUCCAAUGGGACAGGACACGUCUAAAUGUGAACGGUGUACCCGAAAAGCCCUUGACUGUGUUUUCAGGGAGCACCGUCGAGGCCGCAAGCCGGGCACAAAAAUCUCGAAAGUGAAGCAAGUCCCUAGCAUCUCACCACAGUCGAUUCCAAGCCUCGAGAGUCCAGUGGUAGCAGGGGCCCAUGUCCCAGAAACUGAAGAUGAUACGAAUACUCUACAGCCAUCAGGACUACUCAACCACGAGGCUUUAGAGGGGAGGUUCUCCCUCGGCAAUAUUCUCAACGCGGAAGAACCUGUGCAGCGACAUCGAAGCCGCGAUGAGUCACUUGAGGAUCCCAUUGAACUUGGACUGAUCACUCCAUCCCUAGCCAAGUCUCUAUUUGAUAGCUUCAUAACGGUUCUGAAUCCAUACAUCAGCCAAUUAGAUCCCUAUCUCCACACCUUUAGCUACGUCCGCUCCAAGUCAGCAUUUCUCUUGAGCUCCAUGCUGGCCAUGUCAGCAAAGGCCUUCAACCACGUCCUGUAUACUAAACUUUACGACCAUGCUCAAGAUUUGUUUGCCAACGUCUUCCGACGAGGCAGCAAAUCAGUAGAGGUCGUGCAAGCAAUCCUCAUCCUCACCUAUUGGAAAGAGCCGCAGGACACAAGAGUCUGGACAUCUGUCGGCUAUGCGAUUCGCAUAUGUAUGGAUUUGGGAUGGCAUAAACUUUCAGCUUGCUCUCUAGAAGCAUCUACAUUGCGAUCUGAAAUGGAAAGACGAGAGCGACGAAAUGUUGAGAGAACUUGGUAUGUUCUCUUUGUCUAUGAUCGAAGCAUAAGCCUACAGACAGGCAGACCAUGGAUGAUUGACUGCAACGAGUUUAUUGAAUCUAUAGAAGAAUGGUGUGACGAUCCUUUAGCUAUCGAUAAUGACCAGCUUCUCGGGGCCUUCACCACUUUAAGGCUGGUGACCUCGGCUUCCCUUCCACUACUUACAACUAAGUCGCAGCAGAGAUCUCUGUCACAUCACGAGAGUUCACCACUUGUCAGCCUUCUAAGUAGUCGUAUCCAGAGGUGGGAGGACAAGUGGACCACCAAGCUUUCCUUACAGCAAGAGAAGACAUGUCAUGAAUUUUUGAUCCGCUUUUACGGAACGCAUCUACGUCUCCAGAUUCACACGCUACCAUUACAUGGGAUCCUUGUCUCGAGUCAGUCAAACGGUAGCCCGUAUCUUGAUACAAUAUGGAUAUCCUUCAACAGUGGACUGCACAUGUUGCGGCUGAUAUCGCAACAUGCGGAUUAUGUCUCUUUCGCCCAAGACUCCGUUCACGUCAUGACAGCGUAUAGUGCUGCGUUUCUUGCCAGGAUCACAUUUUCGUUUCCCAAUCUCAUCUCGAACGAGCUCGAGGCAGGCUGCAUUGAAGCUGUUGAGAGCGCUGCAAGAGUCUUUUCCAAUCAGACAAGUUGCAUAAGCUCCAGUUGCAGCUUGCAGGCAAGGUUUCUGACCAAGGUUGGCAUGAGGCUUGUCGAAGCCCGUAACAAACGGGUUGCUACUCAAAGUGAUAACACGCAAGAAGAUCUCGUCACAUCAAGGCUGGAUCCAGACCAACAUAGUCUGAGUAAAGGUUCUCAUUCCAUGGCAGCAAGCGAUACAUCUUUACAACAUACAACUGGCCUAGAAGGCCUGGACAUAUCACUAUUAUCACAAGAGAGCCUGGACUUCCCAUUCGAGUGCGAUGAUAUGUGGGCAGAAAUGUUUGGAAUGAACCCUCAGGAUGUUACCUUCUUCCCACAAACAGAUUAA